AUGACCAUGACCAUGUCUGAACCGACCGCAGACCCCCCUUCGCGAACGCUUGUGGUGUCGGUCGUAUUAUUCUACAUUGUCGCUGCGCUGGCAAUGAUAGUUGCGAACAAGUGGGUUUUGAAUGCAACCUCUGCCGCACUAUUUCUCCUGCUCGUUCAGCUACUCAUAAGUGCUUUCUUGCUAUGGAUUGCCGACCUCUUCCGUCUGUUCCAAGACCGACUAACUUUGGAUAUUGCGACCUGCAAGGCUCUUAUUCCGCUCAUCGCAUUGAAUGUUACUGGCCUAAGCUUCAGCAACUACACGCUAAAAUUUGUUGACACCUCAUUUUACCAGGUUGCCCGUGGUCUCGUUCUGCCUUUCACAGUGGCAGCGUCCUUCUUUUUGCUUCAAACACGGCCAUCGGUUCGCAUUCUGUCAGCCUGCGCACUCGUCACUGCUGGCUUCUUCAUCGGGGUCUUGUUGGAUGGGACACCUCUCUCACUAGUCGGAAUUGGCUUUGGCGUAGUCAGCUCGCUCAUCACAGCGGUCGCCACUGUCGUGAUCAAGAAAAGCCUCCCACUCGUGAAUGACAGCAGCAUUCUACUCGCGUGGUACAGCAACGUGCUUAGCGCUGUAGUGCUGGUGCCUGUCAUGUUUGUUGCCGGCGAAGGUCCCGCAAUCUUUGCUCUGUUGAGGGGGGCUCCCGCCCCGGGGGCACCGGAAGGUACCCCCUCCGAACUACCAACAUUUCUCUGGGGGUCUCUAGUCACUGGCGUUGUUGGAUUCGCAAUGUCCGUGGCAGGGCCUCUCUCAAUAAAAGUCACCUCUCCGAUCUCCCAUAUGAUUUCAGCCGCAGUCCGCGGCGUGGCUUCGUCAUUUCUGGGACUCUGGCUGUUCCACGACUUGAUUUCCAGCGGUCGCGCAGCGUCAAUAGCUGUAGUCUUGGGCGGCUCCAUAUUUUACACGUGGAUCAAGAACGAGGAGACCAAGGCGGCAAAGACGACUGGCGGGUAUGAACGUGUUCCAAUGAACGAAAUAGAUUUAGAGAGAGGGUCACAACUAGAGGAGCGGGACUAG